AUGUCUUCGCCGGAGGAGGCGCGGGUGGCGCCGGCCCCGGAAGGGGACUUGCCGGUAGAGUGGGAAACGGACGAAGAACGUAUGGCGUUUCUGUUUUCGGCUUUCAAGCAGAGCCGGGAGGUUAACGCCACCGAGUGGGACAGCAAGAUGGGCUUUUGGAGCGAGCUGGUGUUCAAAUGGGGAAGACGGAAAGGAGGGAUCCGCACCUGCCUGAGGGAGCUCCAGCAGGCUUUCGAGCGCCGGGGGAGCGUCCCCCUCGGCCUGGGCACCGUCCUCCGCGAGCUGCUCAGACGGGGCAAACUGCAAAGAGAGUCGGACUACAUGGCUAGUGUGGACAGUAGCUGGAUCUCCUGGGGUGUGGGAGUCUUCAUUUUGAAACCCCUGAAGUGGACCUUGUCUAGUGUAUUAGGGGACAGCAAAAUGCCGGAGGAAGAGGAAGCCCUGAUUUACGUGGAGAUUCUUAAGGAGAAGGCGGAAGAAGUCUAUAAUCUCUACCAGAAUUCCACACUUUCAUCCCAUCCUGUUGUUGGUCUGGCUGAGCUGCGUUCCCUAUGCACCAGCACCUGUCCAGAUGAACGAACAUUUUGUCUGGUGCUGCUCCAAUUGCAGAAGGAGAAAAGAGUCACUGUCCUGGAACAGAAUGGUAAUAAGAUAAUGAAAUUCGCCCGAGGGCUUCACGCAAAAGUCUCCCCAAUGAAUGAUGUAGACAUUGGGGUUUAUCAGUUGAUGCAGAGUGAGCAGCUCUUGUCACAGAAAGUGGAAUCUCUGGCGCAGGAAGCAGAGAGAUGUAAAGAGGAGGCUCGGAGGGCCUGUAAAGCUGGGAAGAAGCAACUGGCCCUGAGAUCUUUGAAGUCCAGAAAAAGAGUGGAAAGGCGCAUUUCAGAGCUUCAUUCCAAGCUGGACGUGGUACAAGGCAUCCUAGAUCGCAUCUAUGCCUCUCAGACAGAUCAAAUGGUAUUUAAUGCUUAUCAGGCUGGACUAGGAGCUCUGAAGUUGUCUAUGAAAGAUGUGACUGUGGAAAAGGCAGAGAGCCUAGUGGAUCAGAUUCAAGAGCUCUGCGAUACCCAGGAUGAAGUGGCUCAGACGUUAGCAGGCGUGGCAAUCAACGGCUCGG